AUGCAAGUGCAAGUACAGGAGAGCGAUGGAGUACGCGCCGAAGACUGCGAUCUGCGUGUGUACUACGAUAUUACCCGUACUGUAGAGCAGAUCCGACGUGGUGGAUAUAAGAAAAUCGCGCUGCAAUUCCCGGACUCGCUACUACCGGACGCUUCACAGGUGCAACAGGAGCUUAAGGACGGACUGACCGGCCAAUGGGAGCGCGUAUUUGUGCUUGGUGACACUUCCUACGGCAGCUGCUGUGUGGAUGAAGUGGCAGCGCAACAUCUCGUGGCUGACUGCAUCGUGCACUACGGACGCACAUGUUUGAGUGCGACGACCAAGAUUCCGGUGAUCUACGUGUUUGGCAAUGCAACGAUUGACGUAAAUGACUGUGUGCAACAGCUCAGCGAGUGUAUUGCCGGUGUGGAUGUGAUGAAGACGUUGGUGUUGCUGUAUGAGCCUCGCUUCCAUCAUGCUAGUAACGCAGUCUUCGAAGGUUUAAAGGACAAGUUUACGGAACGGAAGCUGGUGUUUGGGACUAUGAAGACAUUUUACGACCCAGCAGAGAAGGUGGAGGGGGUCGAGACGUCAAAUGCUGAUAAGAACUCUUCGGUUUUUACAGUUGGCGGGCAGGAGAUCGUGUUCGGCGAGGAUAACGUGGAGAUCACUCCGGAAACGUUUGCACUGCUGUAUAUAGGAGCGGAAUCAGCACAUCUCACUAGCAUUUUAAUGCGCUACAGCACUGUGGACUGCUUCUCGUACAAUCCGAACGUAAUGUCUACUCGCAAAGAGGGUGCGACGGUCAACCGUGCACUCAUGAGACGUUUUUUCCUCGUCCAACAAGCUAAGGAGGCACAGAUCUACGGUAUUUUGAUGGGCACACUUGGCGUCAACAAGUAUCUGGACGUGGUGCAUGGACUCCAGAAGCUGAUCAAAAAGAGUGGACGCAAGUCGUAUCUGUUUGUCGUGGGCAAGGUCAACGUGCCUAAACUCGCGAACUACGCCGAAAUCGACGCCUUUGUGCUCGUGGCAUGUCAACAGAACACUCUCAUGGACAGCAAGGAAUACUACAAACCCAUCGUGACACCGUAUGAACUCCAACUUGCUCUUUCGCCUUCCGAAGAGUGGGAUGGCCAGUACAAAACCGACUUCAGUGAGGUAAUACCGGCGCUAGAUCAGACUGCUCAAAGCGUAGAGCAAGCUGCCGAUGAUGAGGGUGAAGACGUGGACAAGCCAUUCUUCUCGCUGGUGUCAGGAACGUACAAGACAGCUUCCCACUCGACGCCCGUCGAUCGAGAAGCAACUACGUAUGCUCUCACGGCUUCGGGUGAGCCUGACGCAUCCGGUGCGUUGCAGGUCAAAAAUGAGCGAACAGAGCUGACCACGUAUCACAGUGAGGCCGCCGAUUACCUCGCUACGAGAGAGUACCAAGGCUUAGACCCACGCAUUGGCAAGACUCCUGCACACGCCGCCGUAGAGGGAAGCAUCGGUAUUGCGCGGGGUUACACUCACGAGACCGAAUAG